AUGGAGAUCGAGGUCUCGGCGGACGACGUCGCGUACGAGGAGGACGUCUUGCGAGACCCGUUCAGGCUGUCCGGCUGGCUGCGGUACCUAUCUUCUCUCCGCGCGGCGCCGCCGGCGAAGCGCUCUGCCAUCUACGAGCGCUCGCUUCGUGCACUCCCGGGCUCGUACAAGCUCUGGCACGCCUACCUCACGGAGCUCGCCGACGCCGCGCGCGCGCUUCCCGUGACCCACCGCGCCCACGCCGAGGCCAACGCCGCCUUCGAGCGCGCGCUCGCCGCCGGCAUGGCACGGAUGCCGCGCGUCUGGCACAUGUACGCCUCAUCGCUCCUCGACCAGCGCCUCCUCACCCGCGCCCGCCGGGCACUCGACCGGGCGCUGCGCUCGCUCCCCGUCACGCAGCACCACCGCGUGUGGCCGCUCCUCCUCCGUCUCGCCUCCCUACAAGGCUGCCCGGCCGAAACCGCCCUCGCCGUCCACCGCCGCCACCUCCAGUUCGAUCCUGGGCACGCCGAGGAUCUCGUCGCGUUCCUCGUCUCCGCCGGCAGAUGGCGCGACGCCGCCGAGCACCUCGCCGCGGCCAUUAACGACGAUGGCUUCGUGUCCGUCAAGGGCACGACGAAGCGCCAGCUGCUUCUUGACCUCUGUGGCCUACUCGCCCAGCACCCGGAGGAGGUCGCCGGGAUGCCGGUGGACGCCAUCCUCCGCGGCGGCAUCCGCGCGUUCUUCCGCGACGAGGCCGGUGCGCUGUGGACGUGUCUGGCUGGCCACUACGCGCGGACGGGGCUCCACGGCAAGGCGAGGGACGUGUUCGAGGAGGGCGCUACCACGGCGACCAACGUCAAGGACUUCCAGAUGGUGUUCGACGCCUACCUGCACUUCGAGCACGCCUUGGCCGCCGCGGAACUCGGCCAAGCGGAGACCGUUGACAUCCAGAGCUUCUGGCUGUCGGACCGAGACAGCACGGACUUGACGAUGGCGAGGCUGGAGCGGCUGCUGGAGCGCCGGCCGGAGCUGCUCAACGGCGUGCUGCUGAGGCAGAACCCGCACGACGUCCAGGCAUGGCACGAGCGGGCCAAGAUCUUCGACAAGGAUCCCGCGAGACACGCCGCGACUUACGUGGAGGCUGUCAGGACCGUCGAUCCGGCGAAGGCCACCGGGAAGCCGCCGCACACGCUCUGGCUAGCGCUGGCCAAGAUGUGCGAGGACCGCGGCCGCGUCGAGUGCGCCCGAGACGUCUUCCAGAGGGCCACACAGGCGAACUUCACGGCCCCGGACCACCUCGCCGCGGUCUACUGCGAAUGGGCAAAUAUGGAGCUGAGGCAGCAGAAUCCCGAGCGUGUCAUCGACCUCAUCCGGCAAGCGACGUCGGAGCCAUCGGCCGAGGUCAGGAGGCGCGCCGCUGCCGCCGUGAGCGGCGAGCCCGUCCAAAUGAAACUGCACCGAUCUCUGAAGCUGUGGAUCAUGUACCUGGACCUGACGAAGACACACGGAUCGCUCGAUUCCACCUGCGCCGUCUACGACAGGAUGCACGAUCUCGGCCUCGCCACGCCGCUGCUGGUGCUGGACCAUGCCACCUUUCUGGAAGAUCACCAGAGGUUCGAGGACGCGUUCCAGGUCUACGAGCGCGGCGUCAAGUCGUUCAGGCACCCCCACGACGAGGCCAUCUGGGAAGCGUACCUGACCAAGUUCGUGCAGAGGCACGGGAGGAGCAGGCCGGAGAGGGUGAGGGACCUGUUCGAGGGCGCCGUCCUGCAGGCGCCGCCGGAGAGGAAGAAGGCACUGUACCUUAAGUACGCAAGAUUCGAGGAGGAAUUCGGACUCGCCGGCCGCGCGAUGAAGGUGUACGAGGAUGCCGCGAGCGCCGUCCCGGCCGGCGACAGGCUCGGCGUCUACGAGGUGUACGUCGCCCGGGCCACGGAGCUCUACGGCGUUCUGAAGGCGAGGGACGUGUACUGCCAGGCGAUAAGCGGUGGCGGCCUCCCGGACAAGGACGCGACGACGAUGUGCGUCAGGUUCGCCGACCUCGAGAUCGGGCUGGGAGAAGUCGCGCGCGCUCGAGCGUUGUACGUUUACGCGGCGAGCUUCACGGAUCCAGAUGUUCACUGUGAGUUUUGGAAACGGUGGAACGACUUCGAGCUUCUCCACGGCGACGAGAGUACGUUCAGGGAGAUGCUCCUUGUCAAGAGAACUGCCGCUGCUAGCGCCGGCGCCGCCGUGUCGGAGAUGGACGAUUUCCGGGCCGCACCGAAGAGGCUGCUGCGUGCGUGCGCCGGCCAACAACUCAGCGGUGCUAGCAUUGCUCAGCAAUGCAAAAGGACACGUCUGGUGUAA